AAUCCUUUAUUUGACCUUGCUGGCAUCAUGUGUGGACAAUUUGGGAUUCCGUUUUGGAAGUUCUUUCUUGCAACUUUGAUUGGGAAGGCAAUUAUUAAAACUCACAUACAGACGGUUUUUAUUAUCUCUGUCUGUAAUAAUCAACUUCUGGACUGGAUAGAGAAUGAACUGAUCUGGGUUCUCAGUAGCCUCAUUCCUGGAUUUGAUUCUUACUUGCCCACACUCACAGAAAAACUUCAUGCCGUAAAGGAAAAGUACUUAGCUGCCCCACAUCCUGUCCCUUCAAAUGUCAAGGAGAAGUGGGAUUUUUCAUUUGCAUCGAUCUGGAACACUAUUGUGUGGCUUAUGCUUAUGAACUUCUUUGUGAAGAUUGUCAAUGCGACUGCUCAGGACCAUCUGAAAAAGCAGCAAGAUAAGCAGCUUGCGAAGAAGGUAUCUGCUUCGAGACAUUAAGCUUGCGAAUUUAUGAAGCGGGUAUACUGGCAUUCGGUCAUCGUUUUACUUUAUUAUUCGUUUACGGGUAGUAAUAGUUCACUAUAUGUUACCGCUCUUUCAUAAUUUACCAUUAAAGCAAUCCCCCAACAAACCAUUGCACUAUGUAGUCCCCUUUUAGAGCUUUGUAUAAAGGAAAUAGGUACACAGACAAAUAGAAGCUACAGGUUUUUAUAAUUCCUGUGUAAUGCUGGCAACAAUAUUUGUUUUUCUCCCAUUGUUAAGAGCUAUUUGACACUUGGAAAUUUAUUCUUUCGCAAUGUAAGACUUCAAAUUUUGGCUU